GAUGCACGUGGGGGACGCUCUCUCGUUGGUCAACGGCGUCGCGCCUCCAACGCUGUGCAGCGACAAGAGCCACCUGAACCUGCACCGCCUGGCUGGGCAGCACUUCGAGGCGUGCGGCCUGGCGGCGCCGGAGGUGGUGCUCGCCGAGGACCCCGCCCUGCGCCUGCUGCAGCCUGGCGAAGGCGCCGACGCGGACGUCAACAUUAUGCUGACGGACAAGGAUAUCGAGGUCAACAAGAAGGUCAAGAAGGCUUUCUGCGAGCCCGGCAACACGGACUUCUGCCCGCCGCUCGUGUGGAUUGGCGAACUGCUCCCCUUCACCAAGGAGUUCUGCAUCACCCGCAAGCCCGAUAACGGUGGCGACAAGGCCUACGCGUCCGCGGGCGCUGCGCGGGAGGAUUUCGCCAGCGGAGCUCUGCACCCUGGCGACCUCAAGCCGGC